AUGAAGCCAUCGGCAAGCGCUCACGAUGGGAGUGACGACUUCAAGGACCUCAGCAGCCUCCUCAAAUCUUACAUGAAUGCUGAUGGAGUUAUAGAUCCGGACAAGGCUCCAGAUGAUAUGAAGGAUCUUCUUGCAAAGUUACAAGAUGUGCAGAAGCUGGCCAGAAAUAAUAAACAGGCGGGGAUCACAAUCACACCAGAACCUGGGUUUGUGAUCAAGAGUGUAGAUGAGAAGGGCAAGAAGGUCUUCAUCAAUGUCUGUGGCUCGCCCUCGGUCCUGGCACCCGGGGGAUGGAAGAAUGGACAGAUGUCUGAGGAGGUGCGCACAGCUCUGGAGAGGGCAGAGCUUGAAGACCCUGGCGAGACCCUUCGCUUCCCCCUGAGCAUGGGGGAGAUGCGCUUGGACCAGGACCACAAAGGGCAAGCCUGCCACGUGCUUGACAUCGUGUUCAACAUCGACGUGCUCAAGCAGGCAGAAACAUUCAGGAAGCUGAAGAUCUUCUUGGUGGAGCUGGCGAUGGGAUGGGCCAGCCAGAAGCACAGCGUGGCACUGGACCCCAACUGGAAGCUGCCAAAGAUGCGCUACAAGGGCGACAAAGUCCAGUCCCAGCGCCUCCGACUAGAUCGCAAGCCUCUUGUGACAGACCUGGGCGAUGUAUUAGAUGAGCCGUCCUUUCCAUUGGUGGCAGACAAGAAGCAAGGCUCAACACCGUCAGCCAGCACAGCAACUCUGGACCCAGCAAAACAAGAGCAAAAGCCACAGGCUCCACCUGAGCCAUCAAGUUCAGCUGCAGCAUCUCCUGAAAAGCAGGUCAUUGUGCAAGUUCCUGGUGCUGCUCCGCUGGAGUUGAGGCUCCCAUUUGGUGUUGAUGCAAACUUGGGAACAGCAUGCGUAGAGGAUGAGGGCAAGCGGUUGUCCCUUCGGCUCCCAUUUAAGCCCUAUCGCAGCUUUGUUAACGAGGGGAGACAGGAUCAGGAGACGCCCUUUGACUACAUGAAUUGCAGCUACAUGCAGAUGGAGGCAUAA